ACCCACAAGGCAAGUUUGUGUGGCAGGAAAGAGAAUCAAUUCUCUCUCAGUGUUGCAAGUUACAGCCAGAAAUCGAUUCCAUGGCCAAUAACAGCAGUGCUGAUAAGCAGCGAGCGCAGGAGCUAGUUUGUGUCACGGGGGCAGGGGGCUUCAUUGGGUCAUGGGUGGUGAAGGAGCUCCUCCACCGUGGCUAUCGUGUCAGGGGAACCGCUAGAGACCCAGCGGACCGCAAGAACGUUCAUUUGCAUACCUUGGAGGGAGCCGAUGAGAGAUUAUCCUUGUGCCGCGCCGACGUCCUGGACUACGACAGCCUCCGUGCCGCCUUCGACGGCUGCCAUGGCGUCUUCCAUGUCGCCUCUCCAGUGUCCAACGAUGUUGAACUCAUACCGGUCGCCGUGGAGGGGACCAGAAACGUGGUGAACGCGGCGGCGGACAUGGGCGUCCGCCGCCUUGUUUUCACGUCUUCGUACGGCGCAGUGCACAUGAACCCCAACAGAAGCCCCGACACCAUCCUGGAUGAGACAUGCUGGAGCGACUAUGAGUUCUGCAAACAGACAGGCGUGGUCGGGUCAAACCCAAGACCUCCCAAACCGAUAGGAAAAGGUCAAUUCAUCAAGGAUAUAAGGAGCUCAAAGAACUACUAUUGUUGUGCCAAGAUGAUGGCAGAGAUGGCAGCAACGGAGGAGGCAAGCAGGAGGCAGCUGCAGCUGGCGGUUGUGGUGCCGCCAAUGACCAUCGGUCCCAUGCUGCAGCGGUCUUUAAAUGCCAGCAACUACCAUGUCGCAAGGUACCUAAUGGGUACUAAGAAGGCCUACCCCAACGCUGUCGCCAUCUACACAGAUGUCCGCGACGUUGUACAUGCCCAUCUCCUCGUCUAUGAGCACCACCACGCCCACAGCCGCUACCUCUGCUUCGGCAUGGCGCUACACCGCAGUUGCCUCCUCCAGUUGAUCCGGGGUCUUUUUCCACACUAUCCUAUCACUUCCAAGUGCGAAGAGGACGACAAGCUCAUGGCAAGCCCGUACAAAUUCUCCAACCAAAGACUCGAGGACUUGGGCUUAGAAUUCACUGACAUGAGGAGAACUCUAUAUGAAACUGUAAUAUGCCUGCAACAGAAGGGUCAUGUGCGUAUCAUCGUGCCAUAUCAGCGUUCGAGCUUAUAGAUCAGAAUGUAGUGCGACCAAGUUCCACAUACCCGGAAGAAAAAAAAUAAGGUCCUUCAAAAAAGUAAUAGUGUGGACUUGUAAGGUAGAAAAAGAAUCAGAUAUCAGAUAUCGGAUAUGCUAAUUUUUUGCAUUAGAAUGGAUAUAUCAUGAUGAAAUUAUGAAAA